CAAUUUAAUAUUACAAUAUUUUUUCAGAUACACAGUAAAGGUGGCGACUGCGCAUCAUCUGAUUUAGACGAAAGUGUUGAUAAUGGACAACGAAGCAUUACUUGUAAUAUAAAUCCUGUACCUGGGCCUAUGAGCAGUACUGAUCAGACUACACCAUUUCAAUUAUCAUCAGAAUCCACAAAUCGAUCACUGCUUCUGAAUCAGAUGAGUCACCAACGAUUUCCAAGGUUUCCAACCAGCACUACGACAAUGCAAAGUGGAUUUAUGACUACGAACCCCUACCCAACUGCUAAUACGAUGAUGGCGACGAAUGCAAGUUUUCAACUGCCAGACUUCCAUUUUUACUCGCAUUUUCCGCACAAAAUGUCAAUUCCACCAUAA